UUACCAAGUGGAGACCACGCACAAGCCCCCGCGCCCCGCCCGCCCCCAGAAACCCCGGCCGCCCGAGUCCCUCCGAGGGGAAGGGGCCGCCGCCGGCGGAAGCCGGUGAUCCGCUGGCCCCCUCGCUCCGCCAUCAAUCACUUCGCCCGCGCUCCGCGCGCGCCUCCCGGGAUCCUCCGCCCGGCGGCUGGAGGCGCCGCGCUGCGCCGCCCCAGCGGGGUGCGCCUCUCCCGCGUGUCCCUCCUGCCGAACGCCCUGCCUGCCCCGCUUGGGGGCCGCCGAGGCGUUUUCCCCACGGUUGUGACCUUUGCAAAGAGCAAACGAAAGCCGCGCGCGUUUCAGGGCGCGCGGCCCGGCCGAAGGGCUGGCCUGCAGCAGGCUCCCGCGCUCCGCUCCCGUGUCCCCGGCAGUCGCCGGAGGCCAGUGCCAACCCCAGCGGGACGGCGGCGAGUGGGUUUGGGAGCCGGGCCGGGACACGCGAGGCGACGGGGAGCUCACCGCAAGGCUGGAGGCCGGAGGCUGCGUCCCCAAGCGCGCUGGGAGCCGAGACGGAGAGCGAGCGCUCUGCAGCGGGCGGUGGACGCGCUGAAGGCACCAACCCUGGAGAAGCUUCUGCUGGUGCUUGGACAUGCGCCUGGACCUUGGAGGGCCCUGCUGCCUGGGUGAGGACCCUGCUCCCAUCCUGGCUGGAAACGAGGGACCCCGGCCCCCCGCCGGACGCUGGGACCCGGACGGCACAAGACACCCACGACAUGUGAUCGAUAAACCAGAAGUCAGUCGGAAGUAUGUAUGGGCGGGGUGGGGGCCCCAGAAGAGGGGCUGAGCCCUGCUCUCCUGAAGGACACAGGCGUCGCCAUUGCACCAUCUAAUGUAGAGUCUGGACUAAGACACCUUUAAGCAACGUUCUUGGCAUCUCUCUCGGAGGCGACACCGGCCUGCGAGGGGGCACCUGCUGGGCCCCUCACUGCAGGCCCUGAAGAGCGGACUCUGUCGCUGCGGGGCAGGUGCACGGACACAGCCCACGCCUCCGCCUCCAGAGCGCUCUGGGACCCUCUGGGGCAGCUCAGCCUGCGCUCCCAGCCCAGUACCUUAUCAGGGGACGGGGCGGCCACCACCACAGAGCUUGCUCCACCAGGUGUCCGAGGAGGAUCUGGCCCCUGAACCUCUCUAGUCGCCCCCCCCCCGCCCCCCACUCACCCACAGGAGGCCCUGCCGGCUCAACACAGUGGAAUCAUGACACAGGGACUCGUAAGGCCCCCAAGCCUCCAGGCCUUGUCAUUGUCACGUGCUGCUCGCGGGCGGGGAUCAGCAGCCAGGCUUGUGACCCCGGCCGCUGUGACAGAUAAGGACGCAGAGAGGCCACAGCACUGGCGUGAGGCCCCACAGCCAGCAGCCCAGGGCAGGGAGGA